CUGAGGAUUGUCGUACCGAUCGCCGCGACCCGUUUUUCGCAAACCGCCGGGCUGAGGAGACCGACGACAGCGGAGGAGGCAGAAUGGCGCGGCAGGGCAGCCGCGGGGGCGCGGAAAGCAAGAAAAUGAGUUCGGAGCUCUUCACUCUGACUUAUGGCGCUUUGGUCACUCAGCUGUGCAAGGACUAUGAGAAUGAUGAAGAUGUCAACAAGCAGCUUGACAAAAUGGGCUACAACAUAGGCGUUCGACUCGUUGAAGAUUUCCUGGCCCGAUCCAAUGUCGGGAGAUGCCAUGACUUCCGAGAAACUGCAGAUGUAAUAGCUAAGGUGGCAUUUAAAAUGUACUUGGGUAUCACCCCGAGCAUCACAAACUGGAGUCCAGCAGGUGAUGAAUUCUCCCUUAUCCUGGAAAACAACCCACUGGUGGACUUUGUGGAGCUUCCUGACAACCAUUCAUCUCUCAUUUACUCUAACCUAUUGUGUGGUGUGCUGCGAGGAGCCCUGGAAAUGGUUCAGAUGGCCGUGGAUGUCAAAUUUGUCCAGGACACAUUAAAAGGAGAUGGAGUCACUGAAAUAAGGAUGAAAUUUAUCAGACGGAUUGAAGAUAAUCUUCCUGUUGGAGAGGAGUGAGUCCUAGAGCAUCCUCCCUACUGAACUGAGAGGAUAAGCCAGCUCUACCUGGGAUUUAUGGGAAUAUAGUGCCCUCUGUGCUUUCAGAUGCUCUGACUGGUUAAUUAAGAUGAUGUUCUCCUUUAUUUUCUUAGGAAGCAACUGUUUGAAUUCUUCUGCUUUAAUUCCACAGGUUUGUAUUACAGGCCCUUGUAGGGCUCAUAGGACACUUUUCAUACUCAUCAGAAACAUAGACACCCAUUUCUAGUUUCCAUGUUUAGCUCUGUGCAAAUAUACAGUACAUCACAACUGUGUCUCCUAGAACCUUGGUGCCAGAAUUAGACCCCAGCUGCAGAUUGUCUUGCAGCAUGUGAAGAGCAUCAACAUCGCACCUCCUCUUUCCUGCUUGUUAGGGAUAGGGGACAGAACUCUUGUUUGUCUACAGAAAGCAGACAGCCAUUUUUUGAAGUUUGGGGUUCCAGGUGGAACAAAAUGUCUUAGUUUUGCAGAUAAUGAAAAACUGGCCAGUUUAAAUAACAUCUAUCACAAAACAAGAGCAAUCUCCAUUUAAACACUGUUGGUAGGGACUUAGUAUGAACACAGUCUCAGUGAGCAUCUUCCCUCUCCCCAUCACCAGAGAAAAAGAUGGAGGGAUAGUCACAAUCCUUUUUGGUUCAUUUCAGACCUUGAAGGAUACUUCGUAACAGCUUUCUGUGUUAGCAGGACAGAAUCUGUAUAGUCUGGAUGCAUUGAGUAUCUCCUCAGUCUUCCUGGUCUUGUACAUAACUGGCUAGGCAAAAGUUGCAACCCACCAAGAACAGGUCUGUAUAUUUAAGUAAUGUAGAAAGAGCUUCUAAACUAUAAUAAUCUGAAGGUUCCUUCCUUCCAGUAGUUUGAUUUAUAUAAUUUACUAAAGGGUAGUAAAAUGCAAGCUUGUAUUCUGAAAGAUCCAGUCAGGCAGGGGUUCUGAGGUGUUGCAACUGGUUCAUAUGCCAGGUCAGUGGUGGAAGGUCAAGCAUACAUUCUUUUUGAAAGAAUGUUUGUCAAGACGGAUAGCCCAUCUUGCAUGUGUAGAUCAAUAUGCUAAGGUCUGUGUGCAAUGGAUCCUUGCAAGGGAGAAUACUCUAGGAUUGUUUUAUAGGGGAAAUGAAUGCCAGAAAGCAUAUAGGUACUAAAUAUGUGGCCCAAGUUUUAAGCCAGUGGCGAUGUUUGGCUGUCCUAUCUGUGUAUGCCAUGAAGGUCUAAAAUUUCCACCAGGCAGGAUAACUGCCAUGUCUUCACUAAAAUGCAGAAGUCGUCAUUGGUUUGAGUAUCUUCUAGAGAUGUUCUAGGUUAAAAAUAGAAACUUCUAUCAUUCUUGAAGAGGCACAAUGUACCCAUUAGUAAUACCUGUUAUUUGGAAUUACAUAAUGUAUUUGGCACAAACUGACAUUUACAGUCUGCAGUAUAAGGAGUUCUGAGUGCAAAAUAUUAAGAGAAAUUGAAUGGAGGUAUGCGGACAGUGGAUUUUACAAUUUGUGUACUCACUGGUUGGACAGCAUCUUAAAACACUGCAGGAUCAGCUGUAACUAGACAGUGACUCAAUCUUGGGGAAGGUGGUAUGGAACAAAGUUGCUUUACCAACACAUGCGAGAAUGGAACUUGAAGUACUGCAUCUCCAGGACUGUGAGGCCUUUGUCAAUGGCCUGAUGAUUUAUGUUGAUGAUAUUUGCCUAGUCCUUUUUAGUGUCUUUCUCUACCCCACUCCCCAAAGCUGCCUCUGAGAGGGGAGAGGAACUCCUGUUCUACCUUGGACUAACUUUUGCUACAUUUGUUGGGCUGGUAAAGGGAAAGCCUGCCUUCCUUUUUUGCAUUGUGAUAAAUAUCUAUCAAAUGUUGGUCCACCUAGUGUUAAAAUUUUGUGUCUAUUUCAAUGAAAAUUCAUUAUACCUAUUUCUGAAAAAUUCAUUCCUACAGUUGGAGGAAGCAUUUUGACACUGUUCCUUCGGCGAUACUUUGAACCUUGUUUAAAAACAGAGCUGCACUGAGUGAUAGCUGUUGGGUGAAUGGGUAUAAGAUGUAUAUAAUUAAAACAUUUUUGUUGUAUAAGGGGUCAUUCACGUGUGUUCCAUUUGUAAAGCUUUUGAAAGCAACAUUUUAAAGGUGUUAUGUUAAAUAAACCAUUAACUAUC